CGCCUUGCGUCAUUUCCGUCACUUCUCGCCAGAGUAAAGUUUUAAGGAGAGCUGUUUUGGCGGCGAGUGAGGACUAGAACAACUACUGUGCUACAUUCGAACGGACUGUCAGCCCGCCAAGAUGCCAGCUCAAGUCAUAAGUGGGAAGGAUGUGUCGGCGCAGGUGAGGGAAAGCCUCAAGAAUGAUGUAGACCAAAUGAAGCUUCAGAAUCCCAACUUUCAACCUGGUCUGGUCAUUUUACAGGUUGGGGAUCGUGAUGACUCAAAUCUCUACAUUGGCAUGAAACUGAAGGCUGCAGCUGAGAUUGGAAUACAUGCCACACACUUGAAACUUCCCAACACUGCAACUGAAGAAGAGAUUCUUCACAGUAUUUCAGAGGUGAAUGAAAACUCUGCGGUCCACGGCCUCAUUGUCCAGUUGCCUUUAGACUCGGUCCACAAGAUCAACACAGAGAGGGUGACUAACGCUGUGGCACCCGAAAAGGAUGUAGACGGGCUUACAAGUAUAAACGCAGGAAAGCUUUCGCGUGGAGACCUGAGUGACUGCUUCAUUCCCUGCACUCCAAAUGGCUGCAUGGAAUUGAUCAGACGGACUGGUGUCUCUGUGGCGGGGAAGCGAGCGGUUGUGAUUGGUCGUAGCAAAAUUGUGGGGGCGCCAAUGCAUGACCUACUGCUGUGGAACCAUGCCACUGUCACCACUUGUCACUCCAAAACAAUGGAACUGGCUGAGGAGGUUGGCAAAGCAGAUAUUCUUGUUGUGGGCAUCGGAAAAGCAGAGAUGGUGAAAGGGGAAUGGAUCAAGAAAGGAGCAGUGGUCAUAGACUGUGGCAUUAACCUUAUUUCAGAUGAGAGCAAACCCAGCGGCAAGCGAGUUGUGGGAGACGUUCAUUACAACUCAGCUAAGGAGCAUGCAAGCUUCAUCACGCCGGUGCCUGGAGGAGUGGGGCCCAUGACAGUUGCCAUGCUGAUGGGGAAUACAGUACUGAGUGCAAAGCGUUUCUUGGAGAGCCAUCAACCAGGUCAAUGGAGUAUUUCCAACACCAAACUCAACAUCCAAAAGCCUGUGCCAAGCGACAUUAUGAUUUCUCGCUCCUGUGUACCUAAGCCUAUUGACCGCCUGGCAAAGGAAGUAGGCCUGCUUUCAGAUGAGCUGGAGCUUUAUGGCAAAACCAAGGCCAAAGUUCAACUGAGUAUAAUCAAGCGGCUGCAGGCACAGCCAGACGGCAAAUAUGUCGUGGUCACUGGUAUUACACCAACUCCACUGGGGGAGGGAAAGAGCACCACAACCAUCGGCCUGGUCCAAGCAAUGGGGGCCCACAUGAAGCUCAAUGUUUUUGCUAACGUCCGCCAGCCUUCACAGGGACCCACGUUUGGCAUUAAAGGUGGUGCUGCAGGAGGUGGAUAUUCUCAAGUCAUACCGAUGGAAGAGUUCAACCUCCAUCUCACGGGAGACAUCCACGCCAUCACAGCGGCCAACAACUUGGUGGCUGCUGCCAUCGAUGCCCGCAUGUUCCAUGAGUCAACACAAACUGACAAGGCUCUAUACAAUCGCUUGGUCCCACUUAGUGGAGGACAGAGGAAGUUCUCCCCUGUUCAGAUCAACAGACUAAAAAAACUGGGAAUUGACAAAACCGAUCCCACCACCUUGACCGAGGAGGAGAUCACCCGCUUUGCCCGUUUAGAUAUUGAGCCGAGCUCAGUGACGUGGCAGAGAGUUCUGGAUACUAACGAUCGAUUCCUCCGGAAGAUCACAAUUGGACAGUCGCCUACUGAAAAAGGCUUCACAAGAGAGGCUCAGUUUGACAUCACAGUGGCCAGUGAAAUCAUGGCUGUGCUUGCCCUCACAAGCAGCUUGGAGGACAUGCGUCAGCGACUGGCCAAAAUGGUGGUGGCAACCAGCCGCGGCGGACAACCUAUCACCACAGAAGAUCUGGGUGUGUGUGGUGCACUGACUGUGCUAAUGAAAGAUGCCAUCAAGCCAAAUCUGAUGCAGACUUUGGAGGGAAACCCUGUGUUUGUCCACGCUGGCCCCUUUGCCAACAUCGCCCACGGCAAUUCCUCCAUCCUGGCUGAUAAAAUUGCUUUGAAGCUGGUUGGACAACAGGGCUUUGUGGUGACAGAGGCUGGCUUUGGCGCCGACAUCGGGAUGGAAAAGUUCUUUAACAUCAAGUGCCGAUACUCUGGCCUGAGGCCCCAUGUCGUGGUCUUGGUGGCCACUGUCCGAGCCCUCAAGAUGCACGGCGGAGGACCCACGGUCACUGCUGGAAUGCCGCUACCGAAGGAAUACAUUGAGGAGAACCUUGAACUGUUGGAGCAAGGUUGUAGCAACAUGAGAAAGCAGAUAGAGAAUGCAAAACACUUUGGAGUCCCUGUGGUGGUGGCUGUCAAUGCCUUCAAGACAGACACUGAUGCUGAGCUGGACCUUGUAUGCAACAUGGCCAAAAGUGCCGGAGCAUUUGACGCUGUGCAUUGCAGCCAUUGGGCUGAGGGUGGAGCAGGCGCUCUUGCUCUUGGACAGGCUGUCCAGAAAGCCUCUGAAGUUCCAAGCAAGUUCAAGUUCCUCUAUGACUUGGAGCUCCCUAUCGCGGAAAAGAUCCGAAUAAUCGCCCAGAAGAUCUAUGGAGCAGAUGAUAUUGAACUUCUUCCAGAGGCACAACGCAAAGUGGAGCUCUACACCAAACAGGGUUUUGGCAACCUCCCAAUCUGCAUGGCCAAGACCCACCUGUCGCUGUCCCAUGAGGCAGACAAGAAGGGUGUGCCUACCGGCUUCGUUGUGCCAAUCAGGGACAUCCGAGCCAGCGUUGGCGCCGGCUUUCUCUUCCCGCUGGUCGGCACUAUGCCCACAAUCCCUGGAUUGCCCACCAGACCUUGCUUCUAUGACAUUGACUUGGAUCCUGAGACUGAACAAGUCAAUGGACUCUUCUAAACUUCUGCACUGGAUGUUGGUAAGGUGGUCCAUUGCUGUCUGCCAAAUGAGUCUUAAUGGCAAUAACUGAAGGCACCUUCAGCUACAUGUCUGUAAAUAACAAUGUUGCCUUGCGACUAAUUUCUUAAAGAGCCCAAUCACUUAACUUAAAUUGGUAAUUCAUAAUUUACUUUUAAAUGCUGGGAAAUUCUACUCUUUGUACAACAAACAAUAUAAUUUGUCUUUAUAGCAUUGAGUCUGUAUGACAAACAUUCCAUAUCAUUUCAAAGAAACACAACUAUAUGUUGAUUGAUUUUGAAUUAUCAUCAACAGGAAUGAAGUAUUUUUUACAUUGUAUAACAGUGCCUAAAACUGAUGAAUGAGAUAAUUCUGCACUAAUAAAACAUUUUAUUAAAAUGGUGGUAGAUAACCCAAAAUAAAUAUAUGUUUUACACCAUAUACCACCAAUAAGAAUAAAAAAAAACACAUGUAUUAUUAGGCAUGACACAAAAAAUUCAAUUCAAUUAAAUAAAAAAAAAGUAGUUGGUGAAAUGUGCGCUACAGUACACAA